AUGGCGUCAGCAAACGUUACAUUAGAAAAUCAGCUGCACAGCGCGCAGAAAAACCUGCUCUUCCUCCAGCAGGACCACGCCAACACGUUGAAGGGGCUGCACGCGGAGAUCCGCAGAUUACAACAGCAGUGCACAGACCUGACAUAUGAGCUCACCGUUAGAAGCUCUGAUCCCUCAGGUAACAGUGAGGUCCGAUGCAAGGAGCUGCAAAGGAGGUGUGAGGAGCUGGAGGCCCAGCUUAAGAAGAAGGAGGAGGAGAACACAGAGCUAAUCAGAGACCUGGAGCAGAAGAACGCCAUGAUCUCCGUCCUGGAAAACACCAUCAAAGAGCGGGAGAAGAAGUACCUAGAGGAGCUUAAGAUGAAGAGCCACAAGCUGGCUGUUUUGUCUGGGGAGCUGGAGCAGAGAGCUAGUACCAUUGCUUACCUAACCUCACAGCUUCACGCCACCAAGAAGAAGCUGUUAGCUGGCAGCUCCUCCGAGGCCAGCCCCAAUGUCAGCCCGGUCACCUCGUACAAGCCCACGCCUCCGCCGCCCAAGGACAGGCAGCCAGAAACCCCGCGGCGCCGCAUGAAGAAGAGCCUCUCCCAGCCUCUUCAUCCAGAGCUGACAGAGGUGUACCGGCUUGGCUCAGACGGUAGGCGACUGGUCCUGCGGGAGACCGUGGAUGCCAUGCCCGACCCAACACCAUUCCUGCAGGCUGGGAGAGAGUCUCCUGAACCGCAGGUAGUGCGAGAGCGGCCUGCCGUUAUCCCUCCUAUUGCCUCCGAGCGCUCUGCUGUCCCUCCACUGGGUGCUACGGCCAGCCCUCGACACAGCCCUGCUCGGGACCGUCAGUACAGGGGUCAUGUAGGCGUGGCACACCGCAUCUCCCAUGGCACCCCUCCCCUGGCCCCGCCGCAGGCAGAGCUGGAGACACUGGCAGUGGACCAGGUCAAUGAGGAGAAGGUUGUGCGGAAGCGUUCUGGAGCCGACAGGACAGUUUAA